GUGAUAUCUUCCUCCUAUACCUGCGUCGCAUUCCAUCUUUCAGGCAGCAAGGCUAGUUAGUGCAUGAUGCAAAACCUCCAUGCAGCACAACCGGUCAAGCACAAUUGCCAUAUAAAACCGCAGUGCCGUGCAGAGUUCUUGAUCUGCAGCAAUCCGGCUUCGCGAUGUCUUCCAACCACCAGCAGAAGCCUAAGUCCACACCCGUUGAACCUCUUGCAUCGGAUAUAGAGCUCGCAAUCAUUCAGCCCUCGCAAAAUGCACCGUCCAAAUUUCUCGACCCUUACCUAGUGACGUUCACUAUGCCCGACCUGACCAAUCCGAAAGAUUGGCCGACCAGCAUCAAAUGGGCUGUUACCGACGUUCUCAGCGCCACAGGCUUCAACCGUAUCAUGGUGUCCACUAUCAUGGCUCCCGCACUGAGCACCAUCGCCGCCGAGCUGCACAUGUCGCAUAUCGAGUCUGUCAUGGCCCUUUCCAUCUAUCUUCUUGCCACUGCGUUUGGUCCGCUGGUCAUCGGUCCGUUGAGCGAGGUAUACGGCAGGCAGAAGAUACUGCAUGCGAGUAAUGUCUGGUUCUUAGUGUGGAACAUCGUGUGUGGGUUUGCCAAUACCAAGGAGGCACUGAUCGCAGCGAGAUUUUUGGCUGGCUUUGGGGCGAGUAGCAUUUAUGCGCUUGCGGGGGGUGUGUUAGGCGAUGUCUGGCGACCAGAGCAGAGAGGCAAGAGUCUAGGAAUGUACUCACUCAUACCGCUGUUGGGAGCUGCAGUGGGACCAAUCAUUGGCGGCUUUAUGGCAGGUCGAACCACCUGGAGGUGGAUGUUCUGGUCAACGUCGAUAUUCCAGGCCGUCAUGAUCGCGGUGUCCUUCAGUGCAUUCAAGGAGACGUAUGCGCCUACCAUUCUAGCUCGACGAGCCAAACAGCUUCGUAAAGACACUGGAGACACCCGAUACUACACCGAACACGAGCGCUUGAGCACCGGGAAGCCGGUUCUUGCGAUCCUUAGUAAAGCACUUACCCGUCCGCUCCGACUGCUACUCUUCCACCCGAUUAUCAUCAUCACAAGUGUCAACCUAGCGUUUGACUAUGGUAUCCUAUAUAUUGUGCUGACGAGCUUUGCCCAGCUGUGGACGGACUACUAUCAUCUUUCCGUCGAGACGAGUGGACUGCAUUAUAUUGCACUUGCACUUGGUGAGCUCACCGGCGCCCUGGUUGGAGCACCGAUGCUAGACCGUUACUAUCGCUGGAAGAAAGCGCAGCAUCCUGAUGACGAUCUGGCACCGGAGCACAGGCUUCUUCUCGUCUUCCCUGGCGCACUGCUGGCAUGUGUAGGUCUGUUCAUCUACGGCUGGACGGCAGAGCAUCGUGUUCAUUGGGUUGCAGUUGACCUUGGCGUCUUCAUUGCUAUGUUCGGAUCGCAGGGCGCAGGUAUGGCGUGGUCGGCAUAUCUCAUGGACGCUUAUUCGGAACAUACAAGCAGCGCCAGGGCAGCCACGCAGUUUUCAGCAAGUUUGACUGCGUUUCUCUUCCCACUAUUUGUGCCAAUCAUGUACAAGGCUAUGGGUUAUGGAUGGGGCAACACUGCGAUGGCUUUUGCUUCGCUGAUCCUCGCAGUGCCGGGACCGAUUGCAUUGUGGUACUUUGGGGCGGGUCUGAGGAUGCGCGCACAAUCCACCUACUAGAGAAGGUCAGGCGGUCGAACAGUCGGGAUGUUGACUGUCACUAGAAGUGAUGAUCGUUCGACUUUUGUGAACGAGCUAGUCAGAGUGCAACUUCGAAGCGUCGCGGAUGUGUGAAGUGGGAGAAUGCUUACAGGAGGGAUGUGACCGACCGACCAUCGUGUAUAUGAAUGAAACACUGGCCCAUUUACAAGCCAAUCAUAGAAUAGAUGUUUGAAGUGCGGAGUUUACGAGAGCGAGAGCGACUCACCUCGCACUCGCAAAUCGAUUACCUCACGCUACCUUGUAGCCACAUAGG